CGACGCGAACCAUCAUGUCCCGCCGACAGCACCCCUUUGUUUCCAAUCUGCUAGCUCCUGUUCAGUUUAGCAGGUCUCGAAAUCAAAUCCUUGAGUCGAUAUUUUACAAUGGUCUACCUUAUUCAAGGAAGCUCUCUGCACAUACAUCAUGUGUGAAUUAUCUAGCCUUUUCAUCGAAUGGUGCCAGGUUCCUUGCGAGUGGUGGUGACGAUCUCGACAUACAGAUUUGGGACUUUCAUCAAGACAAUAUAUCCCAUCCAUGUCAUACAUGUGUCGGGCAUACGAGGAAUAUCUUCACGAUGACAUUUUCUGCUUCAAACAAAUACUUGUUCUCUGGUGGAACUGAUAACAUGAUACACAAGUUUGAUGCGACACAAUUCCAUCUACCGCGAUCUCCAGAUGCUGAACGGCCAUUAGACAGUUUAUCUUAUCGUAACACGAUUCGCAGUUUGUCGUGCCACCCCUUCCAAGAUGAAGUGUUCCUCAGCGCAAGCGAGAGCGGACGUAUUAUACUGCACGAUGAACGAACCUGGCGCAACCCUUCGACACGAGCGCGAGAUAUUAUCCAGGUUGAAACCGAAGUCUGUGAUGUCAAAUUUCAUCCUACAAUGGCGAAUGUCUUCGCCUCCUGUGAUUCCAAGGGCACGGUAUGUCUACGCGAUGUGCGUCUAGGCUUCGGGCCUGCGAAUAAGCGCAUGAAUCAAGGUGUUGUUCAAGUGUUUAACACCAAAAUAUCCAAGGGAUCUAUAGCUCAUUUGAGUAACCCUGAAUCCAGUAGCAUCACUUUCGACCGUGAUGGGACAAAGCUGGCAGUCACCAUGCUGCAUCAUUAUCCUACAAUAUACUCGGUGUCAGAUCCUAAUCCAAUUGCCCUCUGUAACGUCCAAACCCUUCCUGAUGGUUCGCCCGUACUCCCUGGCCAGCGCACAUACUCCAACUCAUGCACAAUCAAACAUGGUUCUUUCGGUGGUUUAGGAUUCGACAGCGAUGACUUCUAUUGCGCAGGAUCGGAUGAUUUCUGCGCAUAUUUGUGGAAGAUUCCAUCAAUAUCUAGUCUUGUGGAACGAAGGCAGGUUGUGGAUCCUGACGAAUGGUCUGGCAAUCCUGUUUUUGCUGAUACGACUGGUUACGCUUCCGGCCUGCAUGAACCUAGAUAUGUCCCAGUCAAUAUAAAGACACCUCUGUGUCGACUUACAGGGCACAACUCCAUCGUCAACACAACUCUCGUACAUCCGGAUUUUCCAUAUAUUGUGACAUGUGGCAUUGAGCGCCACAUCUUUCUUCACUCUGCUACGCCUUCAACACCCUUCUCGGAUGGUCUGGAAUCCACGCCUACCGAAGUCCGGUCUUUGUUGGAGCAGAGCACCCAUGAAGAAGAUAUCGAUGUUCAUAAUCUUCUUAUUGGCGUCGAGCCAGUAGAUUCUGGAGACCUUGAAAGUAGCACUAUAUCCUUAUUUGACGGAAUUUUGAGAGCGGAGGGGGCGGCAGAUCCCUUUCAGAUUCGAAGGUGGUUGCCUGAUUCUGAUUCGGAGUCGGAGGAUGAGUCGAGUGACUGAGAAACCGCCGAGGAUAUCUGUGUCAUAUCUGUUUAUUGCACUAGGUCAUUUUGGGCCAGCCCUGGUACGAAGGAAAAAUCUGUGGCCGGUCUAUCGCCUCAUGGAUGAUCUACGGUUAACCAUACGAGGGAAAAAAGUUUCCAUAUUUGUCUCUAGACUUCUCGAUAUCCGAAUAAUAAUAAUGUCAGGUAUGUUAGUAAUGUGCAGAAGUAACGAAAAAAGAUAGCGACGCAGCUAGGGGAUCAAUACCAAAUGCUUCUCGUACGAUGACAUGGCACGAUGUCGUCGGUCUGAAUGCCCUCAAUCU